UAUUAAUCUGUGACCGGACGUAGUCAGUAAAGUAGUAAACACUUGCACGCGGUUGUUCAAAUAACCUUUAAUUUUAUCCUAUUUUGAGUAGAGGCGUUAUUAAUUUAAUUAAAAUGGUGUCAAUAAAGCAAGCUUCUGUAAAAAAAACUAAGCGAGAUAAGAUACAAACACCUACCAAGAUAGAAAAGAAAAAGGCCACAGAAGUAGUUAAGAAACCAGCCAAGAAAAUAUUAAAAGAAAAUGUUAAGGAAAUUGAAAAAGCAGUGACUCCAGUCAAAGCAUCAGAGGCAGUAAAAAGUAGUAAGAAAAGCAAAUAUGUCAUGCCUUCAAAAUAUAUUACAGAAGAACUUGUGGUCAAGUGCCUAUCUGCUCUUCAGCAAUUAUCUGAGAACUACAAGAAUAAAAAUACUCUGCUGGAAGAUGAGACUGUAAUAUUUGCGGAAAUACAUUGCAUGAAGAUCCAGAACACUUCUGCGAAUAUAAAGCUGGUACUCCCACACAGUACUGCAGCUUCAACGGGAGAAGUUUGUUUGAUUACACCAGACCUUAAGAAAGGCAGGAAGAUAGACCAUGAACCUACAGUUGAUCACUGGGAAGAGAUCCUAAGGCAAGCUGGAGUUACACAAGUUAAAACAGUGCUGCCUGUGAGACAACUAAAAGUGGAAUAUGACCAGUUUGAACUCAAAAGACGAUUGAUGACCCAGCAUGACUUCAUUAUGGUGGACACAAGAGUUCAAAGCCACGUUUCUCAUAUGCUCGGGAAAAUGUUUUUCAAGAAACACAACAUGUUGAUUCCUGUGAGAAUAAAUGAGAAGGGAGAUCUUAAGAAACAAAUUGAUGUUGGUCUGCGCACUGUAAUGCUGCGGCUGCCUGAAGGGACUACCUCAGUAGUUAAUAUAGGCCAUACAGGAAUGUCCCAAAAAGCUUUAAAGGAAAAUAUAUUGUCCUUGGUGGAUCAGUUGAAAGUUAGAUACCCUGGAGGAGAACCUAAUAUCAGAGCCGUUAAUAUUAAAUUGCCAACAUCAAUGUCUCUUCCACUUUAUCUUUCCCUGAGGUCAUCAAAUGCAGUUAAUACUCCAAAGCUAAAACAGAAGAAGCCCAAAAACUUCUCCAUAUUGGAAGAUGAGUUGACAACACUUCAUGAUGGUGUUGUGAGAGUGGCUCCAGAUGGCACAGUUAAAGUCAGAAGAGAACAGAUAAACAAAAAAAAUACAAGUGACACAGAAGAAGAAGCAGAGGAUGUAGAAGAAAUGGAGGAAGAUGAGGGAGAAAAAGAAGAGGAAGAAGAACUGGCGGAAGAUUCAGACUAGUUCUUAUUUAAAUUAAUAAAACAUUCAUCUUUAAA